GCGGAAGAGGUCGCGCGCUGUAUGUUGAUCAGUCUAUCGCGUUGACCCGUAAACAAGCUGACGCGAGUAAAACAACUCAAAUAUCUUUAACUGUUUAGCCCACAUUCAAACACCACAGUCUUUAACCAGCAGGUAUCAGACUGUGAGUGAAGAUGAGAAGGUUUUGGUCUGAUCUCGUGACGCUGAUGUGAUGACUCUCGUCUGUCUGCUGGACUCCUGUAUGCUGCAUGUAUGGCGCAGACCUGGCCGACGGGCAUCAGUCUCUCUCUCUGUUUACCCGCUGAGGAAGCCGUUAUGUCGUCUGUACAUCAAAACACCGUCGUGCAGCACAGAGAGACUCACGCCAGGCCGGAGGUUCUGCUUCUGUAGGUUUCGGGUGGAGCCCUACACCAACAUCUCUAACUUCAGCACAACGGUGUACCGUGGGUCAACAGACCUGAGAUAUGGCAUGUCGCGUCUGCGGAGCACUUUAGAUUUAAUCUCGAAAGCGGUGAGCGUGACCCAACUAGACAUUCGGUCCCGAAUCGCCCGACUCAAACCGAGCAGCAAUCAAGAGGCUGAGACUCAGGAAGAAAAUCCAGAAACGCUGUCAGGUAAAGAGCAAGAGAGAUUGUCAAACUUAACUCCACCUCCUAAUUUACCCUUGACUCCGCCCACUGCCACAACAACUGAAACUCUGAUAAGGAAAAAGCUUGAAGUGACAGCCGCCUGUCACAGCACCAAUAAUGUAAGCGUGACCUCACAGACUGUGAAACCUCAGGACAAAACUGCAGCUCCGCCUACAAGCUCUGUCACAACUCAACAGACCACACCCCUUUUUCACCCAAGCUCCCUCAGCAUUGACCUGGGUGAGACCUACAGUUACCUGUCUCAUCAUAUAAACUCUUACUUUGGCAGCUUUAUUAAAACAGAAGAGAAGAAAUCUGUGCACGCCGAUCUGACACAACAAUAUGAAAACGAUCAAAGUCCUCAUGAAGAGCGACAGCUAUCAAAGAACGAACCCUCAACCCCAAGUUCAGCUUUCACUGUGAGUAAAGGGCUCGGGAAUUACUUUACCCACUCAGCGCCGAGCAUCCAAACGUUUGUGGGAAACUACAUCACCCCGCUGGUUCCCAGGUUCAGAAAUGAAGCUAAAGUGAAUGCAAAGGAAUGCUCUCCAGCUGAAAACAGCAGCAGUAAACCCAACGAAGCCUCAGCGAGUAAAGAUCAGCGAGACCCAGAUGAGAGAGCCAAACGUCUGCUGCUCCAGAGAGAGAAGAUCAUUGCUCGGGUAAGUGUGGAUAAUCGAACCCGGGCUCUGGUCCAGGCUCUUCAUCGGGCAUCAGACGUGCGACUCUACAUCAGUAGGGUUGAGGAACUUAGUCUUCAUCUGCUGAAGUUUCCAGAAACACGAUCUGUAGCCGUCAAGGAGAAGGUCAUACCGUGUCUGCUCCGCUUGCGCCAGGCGAGCGAUGUGUCCCUGAAGGCCGCUGUGAGGGAGGCUUUGGCUCUGGUGGGCUACAUCGAGCCGGUGAAGAAGAGAGGCAUCCGCAUCUUGUCCAUAGAUGGAGGAGGAACCAGGGGUCUGAUGGCUCUUCAGGCUCUAAACAGACUUGAGGAGCUAUCAGGACGACCCAUCUACCAACUGUUUGACUACAUCUGUGGUGUUAGUACCGGUGCUAUAUUGGGCUUCAUGCUGGGAGUCUUUCAGAUGCCUGUGAAGGAGUGUGAGGAUCUCUACAGGAAGUUAAGCUCGGAUGUCUUCAGACAGAACGUGAUUGUAGGAACGGUAAAGAUGGGCUGGAGUCACGCCUUCUACGACAGCGAGAUCUGGGAAAAAGUUCUCAAGGAGAAAAUGGGCUCAGAUCUCCUCAUUGAAUCGUCACGUAACCCUGACUGCCCAAAAGUGGCAGCGGUGAGCACCGUGGGAAACAAAGGGCCACCAGUAAAGGCCUACGUCUUCAGGAACUACAUCCUGCCGCCCGGGGUGCGCUCGCAUUACCGCGGCGGCUGCAAGCACAAGAUGUGGGAGGCGAUCCGAGCGUCGUCUGCCGCUCCAGGGUAUUUCCAAGAGUUUGCGCUGGGAAACGACCUACAUCAGGACGGAGGUUUGCUGAUCAAUAACCCCACAGCUCUGGCCAUUCAUGAGUGUCAGUGUCUGUGGCCGGGUGUCCCGCUGCAGUGUGUGGUAUCUUUAGGAACCGGACGCUUCGAGACCUCUGGCAGGAACAGCGUCACGUACACCAGUCUCAAGACUAAACUUACAAACGUCAUCAGCAGCGCCACAGACACUGAGGAAGUUCACACAAUGCUGGAUGCUCUUCUCCCUCCACACACGUACUUUAGGUUUAACCCGUACAUGAGCGAGGAGGUUCCUCUGGACGAGAGCAGACAUGAGAAACUUCAGCAGAUGCAAACAGAAGGGCUUCGAUAUCUGGAGAGAAACCAUGAGAAACUCAAACGAGCUGUGAAUGAGCUGAUGAGAGACAAGAGCUCCAAACAGAGACUGACCGAGUGGAUUCAACUCAAAGCACACAUGUACGAGGGUUUGUACAAACGAUAGGAGGAAAAAAGACUUUCCUCACUGCCCUGCUGUCAUCUGGGUAACAAAACACUCAGUGCCAAAUUCUACAAUCACUCAAAGACUCAAUAUCAAGAAUGAAUUGAGUUUUACUCCAGACGACAGAUGUUUCCAGUAAAGAGAGAUUCACAUUAUUCAAAUAAAACUCAAGGGGGGUGAAGAGGAUUUAUUACAUCAUUUUCAUUGUAAAUUACCUGUUGACAUGAAAAACUAUAGUAAAAAGGGACCCCCCUAAAAAUAAUCUGUCAUUAUUGACACACCCUUAUGUUUUGUGUUUUACAGAUUUUUACUUAUAUGAAUUAUUAAUUUAUCAUUUAGCAGUAUUUAUACUUUCUCAAACUUUAUAUAAAAUGAUUAAAAUAAAGUAAAAACAGACAUCAAAACAUAAUAUCAUGUAGACAAAAUGGGCAUCUGUUAAAUCAUUUGUGACUUCUUAUAUGAAAUGUGUGAUUUUACCUAUAGUUGAAAGUACAUAAAAUAAGCUCCAAUAUUAAGUUGAGUUUUUAAUAUUAAUGAGUUUAAUAUUAAUAAUUAAUUUAAACCCAAAUAAUAACACUAAUAUUUUUAUGUUAAUGUGUAAUGCAAAAUAAAUACCCACUGAGCCAAUAACAGCGUGAUCACAGAGCUCUUGACCAUUCAUAUGACUUUUACCUCAAUAUAUGAGAAGUUUUGUGACCAAUCAGCUCUCAGCACCUGUGACAUCAUACAGUAACAGGUGUUUGUCUGAUCCAGAGCGAAUAACAUGGGCCAGAUGAAUUCUGUACAUGUUGUGUUUGUUCAUGUUUGAUCAUUUAUAUGACUCAUUGUAAUUAAAAAGGUUUAUUUUGACAGGACUGGACAAAUGCCAUAGACAUUUUAAAGACAAAACACGCAGACACAUAUGUAAGCACUUCAUGACAUCACAGUACACUCAUUCAUACAGUAUGAAUCUGUCUGUGAAUAACCUUUGACCUGUGAGUCCUUUAAACGUGGUUGUUUGUUUCUUUACAUUAGUUUUAACUUUAUGGUGCUGUCAGUAGUUUUAUCAAUCAGAGUUUUUAUUGUAACAUGCGUUUCAGUGUGUGGACAUAAUGAGUAGUUUAGAUUUAGUUUUUGGGUACAGUACACAUUAUUAAAGUCCCUGUAAAGUCAAUCUUGAAAAUUCUUUCUGCACACAUUAUAAAUAUAAAUGUUAGACACGUACUGCUGAAACACCACACAAAGACUGUAAACUACGUAAAACUAUUAUUUCUGUGUUCAGGAUUAUUUGGGCGGGGCUAAAACAGUGACUCAAUGACACACUUGAGCAUCCAUCAGGUUGUAGUGACAUCUGAAAGUUAAGAUGGCAGCUUUCGGCCAGUGGGCGUGGUUUCAGCGCUCCCAGUGUUUGAGAGCAGGAAAUACUGACAGAUUUUCCAAGAUUUUGAUAACUUAUUUGUGGCAAUUUUUUAAUAAUGCAUUUUUCUGUGUUGUGACAAACGCAUAACACAUUUAAUAUCUGACUUUACGGGGACUUUAAAAUCAUCCAAUCCAGAUGUAAUGCAAGUAUCUUUAACCACUGUUGUGGUUCGUCUGUAUCAUCACUCGUAUUAUUUGAAUAACUUAUGAAGAGUUUCAGAGGUCUUGAUAAGAUUUUGACAGCUCAAAGUUUUCCUCAUGGUUUGUAGUUUAAGAUGAAAUAUUGAAAACAAAUAGUUUAUUAUUGAAGGAAUUUAUGCUAAUAAAGUUAUUGUUAUUUAGUUAAAUAUUUAGUUAAAUUAAAUUAAAAGCAGUUGAUUGUUUGACACAAAUAUUUACAGUAUUGUUUAUGACAUCAUUCACUUGUAUUCAGAUGUUAUUUUCUCUGUACUGAUAUAUAAACAUAAUGAAGUUCAGAUUUAUUUCACAUGUGUGUUGUGAUGUUAUUCUCCUGCUCUCUGUGUCUGUGUAUCAGUUUGAAUGUGAAUGAGGUUCUGACUGGAUUUACUGAAUCAGUUUGAAUCUAUGAAGUUGUUUUCCAGUAAACAUCUCUGCAGUGUGUCUUUGAUAAGUUAAAUAAGUAAAAACUUCUAAAGAUCUUUUGACGGUUGUGAUUGGUUUUUUUCUGACAAAUUAAUAAAGAUUUACCUUUUAUUAC